UAUUUAGUAUACAUAUAGUACGCGCUAGAGCCGUUAGCCGAACCAGGCCGAACAUCUGAUCGCACCCUAAUAUUAUUGAAAAUUAAUUUUUGAAGUUUUGAAGUGAAUUUCGAGGUGAAAAACCGAGACAAUGUGGUUCGAGGUGUUGCCUGCUGCUGUCAUCAUCGGGACAUGCGUUGCACUCCCUCAAUUCGCGGCGUAUUACUGGAAUAGAGCCAUUUUUGGAAACCCAUACAGGAGGAAUCUCAAUGAGUUCUGGGACAGGCACCAGUUCACCAGAGACUGCAGAGUAAGUGGAGCUCCCUGGAUUCUGAAGGGCAUUGAAAGCAUUCCAGAUGGCGAAUAAAGUGUAAAUACUAGUGAUGGAAUUUCAAUGUGAAUAAAGUAACUGUAGAAUACAACGAGUCUAUCCACAACUUGGAACAUA